UGAGAAUGGAGAAAACCAGUCACUUAAUACCAUGCCCCCUUGUGGAGGCCAAGUUGAGGGGGGUAACACUGUUUCUGUGCACGUCGAGGGGGGAAACAAUGAGGAUGGUACAACAGAAGUGGUGUUUGGAGUUGAAGCUCACCAAACUCGGGUAGCUUUGCCUUCACUUGCUGAGGUACAGUUGGUGGAAGUUCCAUUGUCCCAACAAUUUGAGGACAUGAUAACUCAUAGGGGGAAAGGAAAAACUGCAAAAGCAAAUAAGGGUAGCUGGAAAAGACUAGAUCGUACAGUGGCCUCUACGCUGCACGCAGAGAAUAACACCCGAAACAAGCGCAGAAGUUGUCUAACGCCUAUGGAGGAAGAGAGAGCCCUUAAAGUGCUUGUAGAUAAUAAUGGGGUGGCUUUAGCCCGGUUGGCUAAAGGCCAUGACCCCCCCGCUGGUUGAUGCAUGCAUUAGCAUAGGGACGACAUCUGGCAGGUUGGGGACUGUUGAUGUUGAUACUCCCUGCUCUCCCCACGAAGCUGGCUAAAUAGGUGAGAACGUCCAGAAGUUUCUAAUACUCAUAGCGACCUUCUUUCUACUCU